AAGCGGGGUGUGGGUGGCCCAGGAAGGCCCCGCACCUCCGCCCCACGCGAGGCCGGCGGCCCGGGGCGGGCGCAGGCCCCGGGACCGGCGGGCGCGCCCCUCCCUCCGCGCGGGCUCCGGUUUCCUGGCUGGCACUGCGCGUCCCGUGCUACCUGUUGGGGCGAACCAAACCCAACCCUGGGGCCGGCGAGCGGCCGGGGCCGGGGCAGCAGGCCCGAGCGCCCGCGGAGGAGCGGGCAGGCGCGGCGCCCGGGCGGCCCGCGGACUCUGCAGCCUCUUCGCCGGUAGCCAGAUUGCUUUUUUCCGGCCCGGCACUCGGUCACCAGCCGGGAGAGUCACUGAGGGAUGAGGUCGCCACAGCCCAGUGGAACGCACUUUCUGCUCUCGUGGCCCCGAGCGCGCAGCGCCCAGGAGCCGGGCAGAGCCUGACGCCCUGUCGUCAACCCUCGCGCACGGGGCUCUGCGGGUGACCGGACCGGCCAGCUCCCUGCUGCAUGGAACGGCUGCAGAAGCAACCACUUACCUCCCCUGGGAGCGUCAGCUCCUCCCGAGGCUCCAGUGUUCCUGGCUCUCCCUCCAGCAUCGUGGCCAAGAUGGACAAUCAGGUGCUGGGCUACAAGGACUUGGCUGCCAUCCCCAAGGACAAGGCCAUCCUGGACAUCGAGCGGCCUGACCUCAUGAUCUACGAGCCCCACUUUACCUAUUCUCUCCUGGAACAUGUGGAGCUUCCCAGAAGCCGGGAGCGCUCACUGUCACCCAAAUCCACAUCCCCCCCACCAUCCCCAGAGGUGUGGGCAGAGAGCCGGUCCCCUGGAACCAUCUCUCAGGUUUCAGCCCCAAGAGCCACUGGGACCCCACGGACCAGCCUACCCCAUUUCCACCAUCCUGAGACAACCCGCCCAGAUUCCAACAUCUACAAGAAGCCACCUAUCUACAAGCAGAGAGAGUCCAUGGGAGGGAGCCCUCAGAGCAAGCACCUCAUCGAGGACCUCAUCAUCGAGUCCUCCAAGUUCCCUGCAGCCCAGCCGCCUGACCCCAACCAGCCAGCCAAGAUUGAAACCGACUAUUGGCCAUGCCCUCCGUCGCUGGCCGUCGUGGAGACAGAAUGGAGGAAGCGGAAGGCAUCGAGGAGGGGCGCAGAGGAAGAGGAAGAGGAGGAAGAUGACGACUCUGGGGAAGAGAUGAAGGCUCUCAGGGAGCGUCAGAGAGAGGAACUCAGUAAGGUUACUUCCAACUUGGGAAAGAUGAUCUUGAAAGAAGAGAUGGAAAAGUCAUUGCCUAUCCGGAGGAAAACUCGCUCUCUGCCUGACCGGACACCCUUUCAUACCUCCCUGCAUGCAGGAACAUCAAAGUCAUCUUCUCUCCCCGCCUAUGGCAGGACCACUCUGAGCCGGCUACAGUCCACAGACUUCAGCCCCUCUGGGAGUGAGACUGGAAGCCCAGGCCUGCAGAACGGAGAGGGCCAGAGGGGGAGGAUGGACCGGGGGAACUCCCUGCCCUGUGUGCUGGAGCAGAAGAUCUAUCCCUACGAAAUGCUGGUGGUGACCAAUAAGGGGAGAACCAAACUGCCUCCAGGUGUGGAUCGGAUGAGGCUUGAGAGGCAUCUGUCUGCGGAGGACUUCUCAAGAGUAUUUUCCAUGUCUCCUGAAGAGUUUAGCAAGCUGGCCCUGUGGAAGAGGAAUGAACUCAAGAAAAAGGCCUCUCUCUUCUGACCACCCCUCCCACUCCUUGACUGACCCUGUCCCCUGCUGCUUCAGGGCUCUGGAGCUGGGGUCACUAGACCCCAAAGCAUCAUCCCUUGGGGGAGCAGGGAGGUGGGGUGGAGGUAGGGUUGGCUCCAUUCCCCAGGUGAGGAGGAACCAAGACCUCUGCAGUGCUGGGGUUGUAGGACAUGAACUUGCUUCCCCAUAAUGAGCUAGGGGGGGGGGCCUCCUUCCCUCAUCCCUGGUCCUCACUGCACAGGGCAAACCCAGUCUGGACUCCAGCACACACAGAGUUAAUGUUUGCACCCUCUCCCCACCCCAACCCCACAUGAAGGUCCCCACAAGAGAGUGAGGAGAAACGAGGCAGCAUUAGUGGUCAGGCAUGUUGGCUGUCUUGACCAAACGGGUGGGUAGGACCCUCGGACCUGCUAGGAGGCAGGUGAGGGUGGGAAGCAGCCAGGCAGGCAGGGAGAGCCCCAGGAUGCUGUGUGCACCCAAGCACGCCUCCUCACCUCACCUUGGACAGCUUCCCCUACACCUGGGCCUCUGGCUUCUCUGACUCUUAGCAGGAGCAGGCUUGAACUCAGCCUCUAACAAGGAGGCCACCCUGCCCUCCAGCUCACCUUGUCCUCUCCUUGUGACCCCUAAGCUUCAGAGCCUCUUGCUCCAGCCCUGUGGCUUCCCCAGAAGCCUUGGCUUAGAGUGGAGAUGUUGCAGAACCUCAGCCCGCCGUCAGCCUGCAGGCAAAGUCCGCUAGACUUCUAGCACCCAGGUCCCGGGCAGAACCCAGGCCUUCAGGCUCCUUGGAUGGGAUCAAGAGGCCAGGCUGAGUGUCCUGGCUAGCAGGUCCCGUCCAUUCCCACGCAUCCCCCACCACGCUGUCUAAAGAAUGUAAUUUAUUGGGGCACCCCCCCAGCUGCUUUCUCUCCUAACUCUCUGCCCUACUUUAAUCACACUCCCAGCUUUUCUUCUCUACAGAAACAUAUGUGUAUAUAAUUAUAUAUAUAUUUUUGCCUGGGGCUGGGUUUGGUACCUGCCCAGACUCUGGCAUCCCUUUCCACUGUGUGUGUGUGUGAUAAUGCUGUGGGAGGGGGACUCUGCUUGGAAUUAAAAGGUUGCACUGGGCCCCCAAA